AGGAGGAGGGGGAGGAGGAGGUCGGCUCCGGUUUCUCCUCCCCUCCCCCGGCCAAGAUGUCUGACAUGGAGGAUGAUUUCAUGUGCGACGAUGAGGAGGACUACGACCUGGAGUAUUCCGAGGACAGCAACUCCGAGCCCAACGUCGACCUGGAGAACCAGUACUACAAUUCCAAAGCGCUGAAGGAAGAUGACCCCAAGGCGGCUUUGAGCAGUUUCCAGAAGGUUUUGGAACUUGAAGGUGAAAAGGGAGAAUGGGGAUUCAAAGCACUGAAACAGAUGAUUAAAAUUAACUUCAAGCUGACAAACUACCCAGAGAUGAUGAACAGAUACAAGCAGCUACUGACCUACAUUCGGAGCGCGGUCACACGGAAUUAUUCCGAGAAAUCCAUUAAUUCUAUCCUUGACUAUAUCUCCACUUCGAAGCAGAAUUCUGAUUUUUUAUGUCAGAUGGACUUGCUGCAGGAAUUCUAUGAAACGACAUUGGAAGCGCUGAAAGACGCUAAGAAUGAUAGGUUGUGGUUUAAGACAAACACAAAGCUGGGCAAGCUGUACUUGGAGCGGGAAGAGUACGGGAAGCUGCAGAAGAUUCUGCGCCAGCUCCACCAGUCCUGCCAGACCGACGACGGAGAAGACGACCUGAAAAAGGGCACCCAGUUACUGGAAAUCUAUGCCCUGGAAAUCCAAAUGUACACGGCCCAGAAAAAUAACAAAAAGCUCAAGGCGCUGUAUGAGCAGUCCCUACACAUCAAGUCCGCCAUCCCCCACCCGCUGAUCAUGGGCGUCAUCAGAGAGUGUGGAGGUAAAAUGCACUUAAGAGAAGGAGAAUUUGAAAAGGCACAUACAGAUUUUUUUGAAGCGUUCAAGAAUUACGACGAAUCAGGAAGUCCUCGACGAACCACUUGCUUAAAAUACCUGGUCUUAGCCAACAUGCUGAUGAAGUCUGGGAUAAAUCCGUUUGACUCGCAGGAGGCUAAGCCGUACAAAAACGAUCCGGAGAUUCUAGCCAUGACCAAUUUAGUAAGUGCCUACCAGAACAAUGACAUCGCCGAAUUUGAAAAGAUUCUGAAAACAAAUCACAGCAACAUCAUGGACGACCCUUUCAUCCGAGAACACAUCGAGGAGCUCUUGCGAAACAUCCGAACACAAGUGCUUAUAAAGCUGAUCAAGCCUUAUACCAGGAUACAUAUUCCUUUCAUUUCUAAGGAGCUGAACAUAGACGUGGCGGAUGUGGAGAGCCUCCUGGUGCAGUGCAUUCUCGACAACACUAUUCACGGCCGGAUCGAUCAAGUCAACCAGCUCCUCGAGCUGGAUCACCAGAAGAGGGGCGGCGCGCGGUACACGGCCUUAGACAAAUGGACCAACCAGCUGAACUCUCUCAACCAGGCCGUGGUCAGCAAGCUGGCUUGACCGAGGGCGAGCGGCGGUGGACGUAGCCGAGGCGACGGGGCAGGGGCCGGCGGGGCCCUCGAAGGACUGGGAGAGGCAAAACUACCGUGGGCUGCCGUGCCGCCAAGUGCCGGAUUGUGGCAGGGGGGCACUCGGGUCAGCUGGAUAGUGCGUGGCUCCCGCCGCCGCCGCCGCCGCAUCUAUCCCAAGAAAACAGCUUUAAUCUCCGGAGAAUAGCAAACGCCAUGGGGUUUACCUGCGAGUGGCACCGCGCCCGAGACACCCGGCGCCGGCCCGGCCUGCGACAGGCAGCCAGUGAACAGAGAGAAGAUUUCGUCACGAUUUUAAACCCACUGACACGUUCCCGUGGUUCGGUGUAACAUGUUUUUCCUGCAGAAAUAACCUGCGAUAACUUGAAAUGCAUCCCCUUUGGAACACCUCCUUUUCUCAUGUAUAAAUGGAAAUGUCUGCUGCAUUUUGCAAAAUGU